GCGCAUUCAACGCGAAUGGACGAAGACAUGAAUAGUAUUGAGGCGCAAGAAGCGUGCGCCAUGCAUCCACAACGUGUCAGCGGCUUGCGUCGGUUCUUCCACGCGCAACAGCUGUACGAAAGUGUACAGCCACUCUUUGUGGUCUCCUUUUGGCAUGGCCUCACGCCGUUCUUUAUUAAAAGUGAUGGUGCUGGGAAUAAGAAGUUGAAGGAGUCGAUGUGUGGUUAUCUCAAUACUUUGAUACACAUCACCGUUUAUGUGGCCUGUUAUGUGCUUACGUUGUUGAAUGAUUUCGAAACGGUCGCGAGUUAUUUUUUUCAUUCGCGCAUAUCGCGUUUCGGCGACACAAUGCAGAUUGUGAGUGGUCUUAUCGGCAUUACCGUCAUCUAUUUCACGGCUAUACUUCCCAGACAUCUGCUCCAACAUAGCUUGCGUACCAUGCAGGAUAUGGAUGUUCUACUGCGCAGUGUUGGUGUGCAAAUUCUGUAUAGUAAAGUGUUGCGUUAUUGUUAUUUUAGUUUGUUGGUGGUGUUUGCUGUGGACACUGUGUAUUCGUGUGGUAAUUUUAUUUUGCUGAAAUCGGCCAAUUUGGAACCGUCAACGCCGCUUUACAUAGUUUUUACGCUGCAGCAUACAGUCAUCUCGAUUGCCACAGCGAUGUUUCAAGGCAUCGUGAAGCUGUUGGAAAUGCGGCUGGUGAUGUUGAAUAAGGUUUUAAAGAAUCUCGCCCAUCAAUGGGACAAUAAUGGCGUCGUCAAGCCUAUACCCAAACAACGUUCGCUUCAGUGCCUUGAUUCCUUCUCCAUGUACACCAUUGUCACUAAGGAUCCCUGUGAGAUUAUCCAGGAAUCAAUGGAAAUACAUCAUAUGAUUUGCGAUGCUGCAUCUACAGCGAACAAAUAUUUCACCUACCAACUCCUAACCAUCAUUUCUAUAGCCUUUCUGAUCAUCGUUUUCGAUGCCUAUUAUGUGCUCGAAACCUUAUUGGGCAAAUCGAAGCGUGAGAGUAAAUUCAAGACUGUGGAAUUCGUGACAUUUUUCUCAUGCCAGAUGGUUUUGUAUCUUAUUGCGAUCAUCUCGAUUGUGGAGGGUAGUAAUCGGGCUAUCAAGAAGAGCGAAAAAACUGGCGGCAUUGUGCAUGCCCUACUCAACAAAGCCAAGAGCGCAGAGGUGAAGGAGAAGCUGCAACAAUUUUCUAUGCAACUCUUACAUUUGAAAAUCAAUUUUACAGCAGCAGGACUUUUUAAUAUUGAUCGCACGCUCUAUUUUACGAUCAGUGGCGCUCUUACGACUUACCUGAUUAUACUUCUGCAAUUCACAUCUUCUAAUAUGCCAGAGCAUCAAUCGCCACAGGAGGGCCAGAACACCACGACUAUGAUGAAUAUCUUACAAAAUGCCACAGCUGGUCCAUAAUGUAGACAUUUCAUUGUCGUGUAUAGAUAUUUAAAAAUUCAUAUAAUAUAUGCUUGGUAUUUGUAAAAUUAUGUACUUGCAUAUUUAACUCAUUUAUAUAUGGCCUGGCACCACUCGUUUCCUAUUGUAGCUUGAGUAUAAAUUUUACUAAUUCAAAUACAAAAAUGUACAACUCACUAAAUAUUGGA